CUGUAGUUUCCUCAGAAAAACUACAGUCCAUCGUCGGUGCUUUGUCUCUUCCUUACUUCUUCCUAUCUCUUCUCCAUUUCUCACUCUUUUGACUCCCAUGUCAUUCUGUUUUCCUCUCCUCUAAAACCCCCCAUUACCCAAUUUCUUCUCUUUACACUAAAAAAGAGAGGCUGAGCUUAAUGGGUCCAGACAACAGCUUCACAGCUCAGAAAAGAGCUGGUGGAGCACUACCCACCACCGCCACACCCAACGGCGGCGCCGGAGGCGGCCGUGCCAGUUCCAUUUUACCUCGGGGAAGACAGAUCCAACGUACUUUCAACAACAUUAAGAUUACUCUUCUUUGCGGCUUUGUUACUAUCCUUGUCCUACGUGGCACAAUUGGUUUCGGCAAUCUCGCUUCAUCAGGACCUGAUGCUGAGAACCUGAAUCUAAUCGAGGAGACUAACCGGAUCAUAGCCGAGAUCCGAUCCGAUAAGGACCCGGAUGACUUCUUCAGCCUUAAUGCAACGUACAGGUUAGGUCCGAAGAUUACUGCCUGGGAUGAAGACAAGAAACUCUGGCUUCAGAAAAACCCUGAAUUCCCUAAUUUUGUUCAAGGUAAGCCUCGUGUUAUGCUAGUAACUGGUUCGCCGCCGACCCCUUGUGAUAAUCCAAUUGGGGAUCAUUACUUGUUGAAGGCUAUAAAGAAUAAAAUUGAUUAUUGUAGGAUCCAUGGGAUUGAAAUUGUUUAUAAUUUAGCUCAAUUGGAAAUGGAAAUGGCUGGGUAUUGGGCUAAACUGCCGUUGAUUCGUAGGCUAAUGUUGUCACACCCUGAAGUAGAGUGGAUAUGGUGGAUGGACAGUGAUGCUUUAUUCACUGAUAUGGUUUUUGAGAUCCCUUUUUCCAAGUACGAAGAUCACAAUCUUGUUAUUCAUGGCUACCCAGAUCUAUUGUUUGAUCAGAAAUCAUGGGUUGCGAUAAACACGGGUAGUUUCCUCUUAAGGAAUUGCCAGUGGUCUCUUGAUUUGUUGGAUACAUGGGCACCAAUGGGGCCGAAAGGUCCUGUUCGUGAAGAAGCUGGGAAGGUGUUGACAGCUAACUUAAAGGGCAGACCAGCAUUCGAAGCAGAUGAUCAGUCUGCCCUAAUAUACUUGCUGACCUCACAGAAAGAUCAGUGGAUGGACAAGGUGUCCAUUGAGAAUUCUUACUAUCUACAUGGAUAUUGGGCAGGGUUAGUUGAUAGGUAUGAGGAGAUGAUUGAGAAGUACCAUCCAGGUUUGGGCGAUGAAAGAUGGCCAUUCGUGACUCAUUUUGUGGGAUGCAAGCCAUGUGGGAGCUAUGGAGAUUAUCCUGCUGAGAGGUGCUUGAAAAAUAUGGAGAAGGCUUUCAAUUUUGCAGAUAAUCAAGUGCUUAACUUGUAUGGGUUUAGACAUAAGGGAUUGUUGAGCCCAAACAUCAAAAGGAUUAGGAAUGAAACAGAUAAUCCACUACAGUAUGUAGAUCAGUUAGAUGUUCGACAUGCAAAGCAUGAGAGCACAGAAACUCAGAGCUAGUGGCCACACCAGCUUUUGCACAGAAGAAUCUGCAGGGUGCGACUGAGGUUUUGACCUGUCAUGGAUGAGAAUGGCACUCUCGGAAUGAAGUGGUCGUGCUUCUUCUGGUUGUUAUACUUUGGUGGUCAAGCCUUGCAUCUUUUUUUUCCUCCCACGGUUUUAAGUUUGUGUUAGGUUUACUUAUUUCUAGCAACAUUUUAGUUUCUCAGCGAGAUGACUUUUGAACUGUAUGAAUGAUGUGUUUGGAAAAAACGGCUGGAAUCAAAUAGAAUGAGUGUAGAAUUCGUCUAGAUAGCUUCAACACGAGUUACUCACUCUCAACCUACAGCUUUGGUAGGUAUAAGAUGUAAUCACACUUGUAUAAUUGCAAUUCUUGGACGGUUUUUUCUUUUGGUUAAUGAUUUUUUGGUAUAUGAUAGUGGAUCAUAAAGUUAUAUGAA